UAGAAGCGCGAAGCCAUUGAAAGGGUUUUAACUAGGGUUCAAGCGUUUCCAUAACUGUUUCACUGUUUCUUUACCUUCGUAGCGUAACCACCCAUGUGGGCUCUUCGUCGAGCUUCGAUUCCUCUCAGGACCCGAGGGUUUAAUGUGAGAGCUUCCUGUGUCAAAUUAGCGGGAACUAGUUCUGUUGAAGAAGAGGAUGUUAUCAAUGAAUCUCAUGGAAUAACGUAUGGUGGAUUUUUAUCGCCGAAUAUGCGAUUCCAUUCGGUACAUAAUGCCUCCCUGAAUUUUACUGUGGGAAAACGUGCGCUUUCUUCAAGUAGCACGAAAGAGGAGGAUGAUUUGGAGGAUGGGUUUUCCGAGCUGGAGAUGCCUGCUGGCAGUGGAUAUGAAAGUGAGGAUCUGUUAACUUCCGAUGAUGGCGACCUAUCGGAUGAUGGUCAGAAGGAGGAUGUUGAGGAGCCACCACACAAUGAGGUUGAUGAGGCGGCCAAGGAGAAAGGAAACCCGCGUCGUGGAAGGGUUGAAUCAAAGCUAUUCAAUGAGAUCAUGAAUGCACAGGGUAUCUCUCUUCAUUCGGUUCUGGAAAAAUGGUUAGAAAAAGGGAAUGAGCUUACCAGAGAGGAGGUUUCGCUUGCCAUGCUUUAUCUUCGAAAGCGUAAGCUGUUUGGGAGAGCUUUGCUGCUCUCAGAAUGGCUCGAGUCAAAAAAGGAGUUUGAGUUUAUUGAAAGAGAUUAUGCAAGUCGGCUUGAUUUAAUUGCCAAAUUGCGUGGCUUACAUAAGGCAGAGGUUUACAUUGAGACUAUUCCAGAAUCUUGUAGCAGAGAGAUAAUGUACCGGACUUUAUUGGCUAACUGUGUCAGUCAGAAUAAUGUGAAGAAAGCAGAGGAAGUUUUUAGUAAAAUGAAGGACUUGGAUUUUCCUAUUACAGUAUUUACUUGCAAUCAGUUGCUAUUUCUGUAUAAGAGGAAUGACAGGAAGAAAAUAGCUGAUGUGUUAUUGUUGAUGGAAAAUGAGAAUAUCAACCCUUCUUCUCAUACUUACUCGAUCUUAAUAGACACAAAAGGCCAGUCCAAAGAUAUUGAUGGAAUGGAUCAAAUUGUUGAUAGGAUGAAGGCUCAAGGCAUUGAACCAGACAUCAACACGCAGGCUGUUUUGAUUAGGCAUUACAUCUCUUCUGGGCUUCAAGAUAAAGCUGAAACUUUAUUAAAGGAGAUGGAAGGGGAAAACUUAAAACAGAAUCGGUGGCUAUGCCGAAUUUUGCUUCCCCUCUAUGCAAACCUAGGAAAGGUGGAUGAAGUGGGAAGAAUUUGGAAAGUCUGUGAGACAAACCCUCGGUAUGAUGAGUGUCUAGGAGCAAUUGAAGCUUGGGGAAAGUUGAAUAAAAUUGAUGAAGCAGAGAAAGUUUUUGAGAUUAUGGUAAAGAAAUGGAAGCUUUCUUCCAAGACCUGUUCCAUACUGCUGAAGGUUUAUGCAAAUAAUAAGAUGCUAAUGAAGGGUAAGGAUCUUAUUAAGCGAAUGGGAGAUGGUGGGUGCCGAAUUGGCCCAUUGACCUGGGAUGCAAUAGUGAAACUUUAUGUCCAAGCUGGGGAAGUAGAGAAGGCGGAUUCUGUUCUUCAGAAGGCAGCCCAGCAGAGCCAGAUGAAGCCAAUAUUUUCUACCUACCUAACUAUUUUGGAACAGUAUGCUAAUAGGGGUGACAUCCAUAACUCGGAGAAGAUUUUUCUUAGAAUGAAACAAGCUGAUUAUCCAUCUAAAGCAAAGAUGUACCAAGUUCUAAUGAAUGCCUAUAUAAAUGCAAAGGUUCCAGCAUAUGGGAUUAGGGACAGGUUGAGAGCUGAUAGUAUAUAUCCCAAUAGAAAUUUGGCAAACCAGUUGGUUCAAGUUGAUGGAUUUAGGAAGAAUCCAGUCUCCGAUUUGCUUGAUUGAGGAGGCCAACAGAUUCUUGCGCAUGUGUUGUUUCUACUCAUACACAUACAACUGUUGUUAGUCAAAUAGUAGGUUUAAGUAUCUUUGAUUUGAAUAUUUUGUGUGCAUACUAGUAAAACUCGUCUUUAACAAGUAUGCAUGCGAUUGCGUAGUUUAUUAUUAGUUUUCUUAUAUCUUUCGUCUUUCGGUUGAAAUGCAAACAUGUAAAGAAGAUGCUUGAUGAUAGCAGUCGUGCUCUGUGGAAGAGUUUUGGAACUUAAAUUGAUUGUUGGUAAAACGUUUGCAAAAUA